AUGAAACUCAAGUCGUCUUCAUCAUGUAUUAAUAGCAAGAAACAAAAGUCAUUUUUUAAUAUAGAACAACUUCAAUCGGAAGCGACGUCAUUAAUAUCUUCAUCUGCAAUUGUCGCGUUGGAUGAUUAUGAGGGUUGUCAUCCAUAUCGUUGUAAUGACAUACGAGAAAUAAGUCAACAAGACAAGAAGAAAUGA